UGGAAGUGGGAGCGAGGGCGCGGGGGCGGGACGGGGAGUGGCAGUGGCCGCCCUCUUUCCUCAGGUUUGGCGCGCGCCCGCCCGGAGAGCGCGCUCUCACGAGGCCCGUUGGGUCGUGGUGUGAUCGCGGAUUUGUGUGGCGCGUCUGUGGCCUCCAGGGUGUUUCGGGGUCUGGGAGUGUCUUUUGACCUCCUUAGUUGCCUCAGUUUCCCUCAUUAUUAGUCGGAGCCUGGCGACUACUGCUCCUGCCCACCGGAGUAGGACCAUUGCUGGGAUCAAAAGAUAACGGUUUCUUCCUGUCCCUAUAGCACCCAGGCUGCAUCAUGGACUUUCAACACCGACCUGGAGGCAAAACUGGGAGUGGGGGCGUGGCCUCCUCCUCUGAGAGCAACCGAGACAGGAGAGAACGCCUCCGCCAACUGGCCCUGGAAACCAUUGACAUCAACAAGGACCCUUAUUUUAUGAAGAACCACCUGGGAUCCUAUGAGUGCAAACUCUGCCUGACUUUGCAUAACAAUGAGGGGAGCUACCUGGCCCACACCCAAGGGAAGAAACAUCAGACUAACUUGGCCCGGCGAGCUGCCAAGGAGGCCAAAGAAGCCCCCGCCCAGCCUGCCCCGGAGAAGGUCAAGGUGGAGGUGAAGAAGUUUGUGAAGAUUGGCCGCCCUGGCUACAAAGUGACCAAGCAGAGGGACACAGAGAUGGGCCAGCAGAGCCUGCUGUUCCAGAUUGACUACCCUGAGAUUGCAGAGGGUAUCAUGCCACGCCACCGCUUCAUGUCUGCCUAUGAGCAGAGGAUCGAGCCCCCAGACCGCCGCUGGCAGUACCUGCUCAUGGCUGCUGAGCCCUAUGAGACCAUUGCCUUCAAGGUGCCGAGCCGGGAGAUUGACAAGGCUGAGGGCAAGUUUUGGACCCACUGGAACAGAGAGACCAAGCAGUUUUUUCUUCAGUUCCACUUUAAGAUGGAGAAGCCCCCAGCCCCUCCCAGCCUCCCAGCAGGACCCCCAGGUGUCAAGCGGCCCCCGCCCCCGCUCAUGAAUGGACUGCCUCCUCGCCCACCACUCCCAGACGCCUUACCCCCACCUCCACCUGGUGGCCUGCCUCUCCCUCCUAUGCCCCCCACUGGGCCUGCUCCCUCUGGGCCCCCUGGACCUCCCCAGAUGCCUCCACCAGCUCCUGGGGUGCACCCCUCAGCCCCAGUAGUACACCCACCAACAUCUGGGGUCCAUCCCCCAGCCCCUGGGGUACACCCACCAGCACCAGUGGUCCAUCCACCAACAUCUGGGGUCCAUCCCCCAGCUCCUGGGGUACACCCACCAGCCCCUGGGGUGCACCCAUCAGCUCCAGGGGUCCAUCCCCCAGCCCCGGGAGUCCACCCCCCAGCCCCAGGGGUCCAUCCCCCAGCUCCAGGGGUCCACCCUCCUCCAUCAGCUGGAGUUCAUCCUCAGGCUCCAGGGGUGCACCCACCUGCUCCUGCAGUCCACCCUCAAGCCCCUGGCGUACACCCCCCAGCACCUGGGAUCCACCCCCAGGCACCAGGAGUGCACCCCCAGCCUCCUCCUGGUGUCCACCCUGCUGCCCCAGGGGUCCACCCUCAGCCUCCAGGGGUUCACCCCUCAAAUCCUGGGGUGCACCCUGCCCCUAUGCCCCCUAUGCUAAGGCCCCCACUCCCCUCAGAUGGCCCUGGGAACAUGCCUCCCCCUCCCCCAGGCAACUGAGCAGUCCCCCCACCCCCCCAGCCUCUGCUGUCUGUGUGGUCUUUUCCCACGGCCAGUCCUUGGAAGGUUUUCUAUUUUGUCCCGUCCUUUGCCUAUUAAACAGCCUCCCCCGUGUC